GGGAGCGAUAACAAAUCCGACAGAUAGAAGCACCAAAAGACUUACCACUUCGCUGAUACUGGUUAUACUCGUAGAAGGCGUGGCGGUAUAGUCAAUCGGGAGACGAGUACACACUACAAUUACACACAGACCGAUCUAGAUCCGAUCGAGAUUUGAAAUUACAGAGAACGGUACUCCAUCCGUUUAAACGGUCGUGGAUUGCUCUACGAUGUACGGAGUACUCUCUUGAAUCCGUCUCACAAAGGAAAGCCCGUCUCCAAUGAACAAAGCAAGGGAACCCACCCGUGGCUUCCACGGUUUCAUCGUGAAAAAGACGCAAAGACUGACUAAGGGACGAUUCACUCGACGAGGGACUGACGACUGACGACUGACGACUGACGUUUGACGGCUGGCACAGACUUGAAAUCUGCGGAGACCUUUGCCUCGCUUCCUUUUCCCGAGUCUCUCGGGGUUUCAUGUGAGGGACUGGUCAACUCGACUCUCGUCUUUCUCCCGUCCUCUCGAUCUCACCUCACCGAUCCUCGAGAACUUAACGUAUCUGAUUCCUUCGUACCUUUUGUGCCGCCUCUUCCCUGUCGACUACUCCCAUCUUUUCACUUGAUCACAUCCUUUCGCACUCUUGCUCUCUGCAGAGCCGAUCGACACUGCAGUUCCAGCGGCCCCCCGAAGCUAACGAUCGGGCCCGGCGGUCUGCCCCCCCCCUCCUCUUCAUCCACUGGCUAUCAGAAGAAAAAAAAUCCCCCCACGGAAAUCUGGCUGAAGAGACGAACAAAACGGCUACUAGUCACUGUACUUCGCACAGCUCAUCGGCCGAUCCCUCCGUUCUCCAUCAAUCUGGUUUCCCACCGCUUCACGAUCGUCGCUUCACCUCGGACCCUAUCGUUUAACCUUCCUCCCCUCAUCCCCCACCACUUCGCUGUCUUCCCCCCUCUUGGUCCUUAUCUCAGCCUCCAUUUUCUUAAAAGCCUCGAGAUCUCGACUCUCGUGGGACUGGGUGUCUCGAAUAUGCUGUUGAAUGGGGGUGCGCCACCCAGCGAUUGCUCUGUAGCCUGAGCCCGUUUCCAUCUGCGACAUUUACCCGUUGGGCGUUCAUUCCCGUCCAUCCCAGGCCAACGCAUCAGUCCACGUCGCUCGAGCCUGGAACAUGCAAAAUGUCCGGCAGCGGUGUCGAACAGGCAUCUGGUGUUCGAAAUCCCGACCCGCCUUCGUUUGGGCGUCAAUCCUCAGCGCCCACCUUCAGCCAAUCCGCUUGCCCCAGCUCCUCAACCUUUGAGACCUCCCCGACCGCUUCCUCCCUCUCGAAUCCCACGUAUGCCGCCCUUCGAUCAGGCCUCGACCCUGCUCAUCCUUUGGAACCCGGUGUACAUUCACAUCAGGCCUUUGGGGGCCGUGACUCUCCCAAUCCGGACGACUUCUACCGAAGUGAAGGUGUGCCCGCAACAACCGAUGGCCUGGCCGGAAUCGACAAUGUGACAAGUGGAAGGAUGGCAGCUGGCUAUAGCGACCUGGCGGACAGGGUGUCCCCGCUGCCAACGGACAAUUUGGACUAUUCGCGCGCUAGACGGCCAGCGUAUCGGUCGACCUCUGAUUCGUCUGCUUUGAGAGGUCCGUCAGCAUCUGUACCUUCCACUUCUUCAAGAGCCCGCCAACCUUCUUUCAAAGAACUGGUGAACAAAUUCAACAAAACCUCUGACGACGUUCUUCCCUUACCUACCAUCUCUCGAUCUACUUCACGGGCUGCAAGUCCCUCUGGUAGCCUUGACAGCGACCACCCCUCACGAACCUUGCCGCGACGGCGCCAUCUGCGCGGCGAAUCUCCACCGCCAGUCUCCACCACGAGUAAUCCUAGGCUGCCGGUUGAUCCAACACCUUCGUCACCGGAGCUGGAGCGCCCUGGACCAGAUCCGUUAAAUAGGGAACUCGUGAUACCUCCUCCACUCUUCCAGCGCAUCCCGAAAUCGCAUCCUCGACGACCACUGUUCGGGGAGCUGCUAUCGGUAAAUACCCAGCUGAACAAUUUGGGAUUUGGUAUCCCUACCCAUAUUCAACGUCGAGGCUCUGAAGGGAGCCUGCCCAGUCCGAGCCCAGCUUUCCUCGACCAGUCGCAGCCUUCAUCAGCGCGUUCGCCAUUAACGCCAACCGCGUGGUAUCUUGGACAGACAAGCUCUCUCGAAGCAGUGCAGACGGGAUUGAACGGUACAAGCAGCUCUCAUCGCAGAGCUCGAAGCGAUUUAGCUGGUAAUCCCUCGAGGGAGCCCCUUGCCGAUCCGUGGACUCCCGAUAUGGCGGUUUCAGUGCCCUUGCGGCAAACAAAGCCGGGCGAUGAAUCGCCCGGCAGCCCGAAUUCCAGAUCCCGCAUUCCUGUCUCAUCACACCGUCUACCCACUGCUUCCGGCCCAGAGAGCCAGUCAUCGACCUCGAAUUCCACCUUCAGCAGUCGGUCUUCCGCCAUUCCUCUGGCUCCGAAGGGUAGCAGCCGCCUUCCCAAACCGUCUGGAAAGGACAGCCCGCCCCGCAUGGCGGAAACCGGCCCCGCUUCGUUUGCGAUGACGGGGCGCGGCAGACGCGAUUUGACAAUCGGCCGAAGCCGUACACAAGUCCCCGAACGAAGUCAGCUUCUCCAAGCAUACAUCGCUGCACCUCCUCCGUUGAAAUCACCACCAUUGCGCAGUUCACGACCUCGUCAGCCGAUCUCACACGGCGGGCCAAUGUCUCCGCGGUCUCGAAUUGGUGAUAGGAUAUCUACACUACAACAAAGGUCCGAUCCGGAUAUUGAGCCAUCACGCGGUCCUCGCACACGACCACGACGAUUGCCCGAACUGGGUAAUGUUGAUUUUGAAACUCGUCGACAGCGAAUUCAACAAGCUUUCACUCGCACAGUCCAGGAGAAUGAGCGAAAGGAGGAAGCCGCUGCCGAACUUCGACGCCGUGCUCGAGAACAAGAAAGAGCAGCUCACGGAGACGCCGAUACUCCAACGGAUGAGCAGGCGACAACUCCCAGUGCUGCCACGGCUAAUCCCAAGAAUUUGCCAUCCGAAGAGAUGGCUACGAUAACGCAAUAUGUCAGUGUUACGGCGGACGGGGGCAAGCAACAACGCACCGUUCCUCAACUCCACCUAAAUACGGCAGUAGAAGUUACGGAAAGCAAUGCGCCACACACGACAAUGGACUCCCCGACUUUGGGGAAUCCUGAGGGGACUCAUCGCGAGUCACAUGAUACGGCGCCUGGUCAAUAUCACGGUGACGACGUCGAGCCCAAAUCAGCCAUCUCGACUGGCUCGAGUGAUACCCACGUCACCCAGUUUGAUCCCGAGCCUCAGUCCGGCUUACUUGAGCGGAAAACCAGCUUGUCUCAUCGGACUCUGUUGAACCAUAUAAUGCAAAUCCGUGAGUCAAGCUCGAGCAGCGAUUCCUGUGACGAGCCAGACUGCAGUCUAUCGGAGACCGACGACAAGGCAUCGAUCAAGAUCAUGCUCCGCGAGUCCCAGUACUUGCGCUCUGGUAGUAGCACGGAUACCGAAGAACCCCGAUCUGCGCCUUUGCCGCAAGCCGAAACUAGGGAUCAGCCUCGGUGGAGUUUGAGCUCAUGGGAUUCGUCCGUCCACCACAAUCAGACAUCUACUUGCGAUGAACACUGUGAGGAAAGUGGAGAUGACGCAGCUUUGCAGGAUGACCAGGCGGCAGAGCCGGCAACACAAUCUUGUUCUGCAGCUUCGACAAGCUCGCCCUCGUUCGAUGAGAAUGACACUACCUCUCCUAUCCAAACAGACAUCGGUUUGAUGGGACCUGACACCGUUGAGUACACGCAGCAGCAACAAUCCAGCCAUGCGUUCUCCACGCCUCCCAGUCUGGCUAAACAAGGCCGCUGGGACUCUCGCCGUGUCACUCAGCUCUAUCUGGAGGAAUUGACUCGGGGAAGAGCCAAUAACAACAGCGGCAAUAGCAACACUGGCAAUAACUUGAGCAAUCCCCCUCUUUCGGCAUCCCGCACAGCUCAUUUUGUUCCACCUCGAGCCCAUGGUCACGGUAAUAGCCUGACAGAUGAUCCAAUCCUCGUCCCCAGAUUCCAAGAAUUACCAGUUGCAGACAUCAUGCCGGGAUUCCAUGAAAUCCCAAGACCGGAGCAGCAAAGAUUGGAUGGUUUCUCUCCUUCGGCGACUUUGGCUAGACCAAGUGAUUGGGAACAUGCAUCUCCAUCUAUCAUGGACUGGAUGCAGAUUGCUGCCGAAGACGAGGCUAUCACUCCGGGAAGUGAAAAUGAUGGUGUAGCUCCUGAUGGCUUACCCACUCCCCGCCUCCAGAGAGCCGCAGUUGAGCUAGAGGCCUCGAGGAGCUAUGACUCCGGCCUCGGGCUAUCUAUCAAUAUCCAGCCGCCAGUUCGUGAAAUUGCGGAGCUUCCUGCUGACACGUCCUGCUCUGGCAAAGACUUGCACUCAAAACCCCAGGUCCUUCCCGAUGCACCACAACUGCAGGCUACACACAGCACGGAAAGCAGUGAAGAUUCAUCAUUCCAACGCCUAGACUCCGCCCAAUCACGUCAGGCUGCAGAUUCGUCUGCAACGUCUCUGGCCCCAUCUGCGGAACAAUCUAUGCGUGCCGAGCCGCGCAAGUCCCCUUCGCCCGAGCAGCGACGUCUGAAGAAACGACGUCAUGUCAUCAAGGAGCUUGUUGAUACCGAAUAUACAUUUGGCAAAGAUAUGAAGGUGGUCGACGAUAUCUACAAAGGCACUUCUUCCUCUUGUCUGGAUCUCUCCGCAGAGGAUGUCAAGAUUCUGUUUGCCAACUCCGACCAGAUUGCGCAAUUCUCGUUCAACUUCCAAGACACGCUGAAGAAAGCUGCUCGCAGUGUCUACAUUAUGCCCAAGUCUCAGCGUUGGAGCAGCAAGCGCAGUGCACGUCAAAAUCGUUCGGCCGAUGUUGCCGAUGACCAGAAUGGCGCUGACGGGAGCACGUCUGACCUCGAAAAGGACCGUGCCACUGCCAUUGGCGAGGCUUUCACGCUUCACAUCCCCCAAAUGGAGAAGGUGUACACCGAGUACUUGAAGAAUCAUGAAGCUGCGAACAAAAAGCUUCAAAUUCUCCAGCGCAAUCAGAAGGUGUCCAUCUGGCUGAAUGAGUGUCGCGAAUGGGCGUCAGAUCUCACUAGUGCGUGGGACCUCGACUCCCUUCUCGUCAAACCUGUACAACGAAUUUUGAAGUACCCCCUUCUCUUGUCCGAGCUUCUGGAAUCAACCCCCCACGACCACCCGGAUCGCAUCCAUCUUCAGACUGCUCUGCAAGAAGUCACUGAUAUCUCCGUUCGAAUCAACGAAAUGAAGAAGCGCGCGGAUUUGGUAGGCCAAGUCGUUGGCCGCAAGCGCAACCAGUCCGAUGUACGAGCAGGUUUGUCCAAGGCGUUCGGUCGCCGUACGGAGAAAUUGCGCCAGCAGGUUGGUCUUUCGGAAAUGUUCCAAGACAAGGAGUAUGAUUAUCUGUUUCAAAAGUUCGGUGAACACUUUGCCGAGCUACAUGUGAUCAAGAAUGAUGUGGUGAUAUAUAAGGAGAACACCGAUCAAGCAAUGAGGCAGCUUGGUGCAUACGUCGGGGCUAUCGAAAAGGUUGUCGAUGUGGUUCCGUCCAGUUAUCCCGAGUUGGAGAGCAAAUGGCGGCGCUUCAAUAUGGCGUUCCAGGAAAUCGUUACUGUUGCGCUUCCUGAACAUCUCGAUCUAAUCACCAAGCGCGUCCACGACCCAUUUGAGUCAAUCAUCCGACUCUAUCAAGGUCCUGAGCGGGUCAUGAGGAAACGCAAUAAGCGUCUUCCCGAUUAUGCCCGCUUCAAGGCUGCCAAGGACCGUGGUGAUAAGCCUGACAAGAAAACCACCGAACAGGGCGAGCAGUUCAUCGCUCUGAAUGAGACUCUGAAGGACGAACUGCCCAAACUCUUCACUCUGACGGGUAAACUCACCGAAGCCGUGAUGACGAACCUGCUUCAGCUCCAAACAGUGUGGUGGAGCAUGUUCCAGACGAGAAUGGAAGCUCACGUCGAUGCCUUCCCUGACGACUUUAGCAAGAUGAUCAACGACUGGAACAGCGACUACAGCUUCGCCGAAGCUCAGGUUCUUUCACUUGGUGUCUGCAAUGGUUCUUUGUUGGCCGAUACCAUCAACUUGAUCAACUUCAAUACCUCUUCCAACGUCGCUUCCCCUCGUCGCCCUUCCACCGUGAACAGCUCCUCCCACCGACCUGGCUCUAUGGCCGAGGACUCGCCAAAGGUCUCCACCGACUUUGGCGUUAGUCAGCUCUUCCAGUCUCCCAACAUGAGCCAGUCCGGCACAAGCCGUCAUCGGGCGGACUCCUCCUUCUCUGGGCGUGCGCCUUACUCAGAUACCCCGGACUUGGGGCGAAGUCAACUCUUGCAGCAAGUGACCAACACUUCUGGUUCUUCAUCAGAGGUGCGGUCUAGCACUGAGCCGUUUCCCAGUCUGCCAAGUCUGAGUUUGGACACGCCUUUCCUUGCCGAUGUGAUCGGUGCGUCAAAGCCGGAGAACCCUCCAACCUCCCCCACUGAUCGAUACUCGGGGUUCUUCUCUUCGGCCAUGCCAAUGUCGGACGCACCAAACGAGGUCGAGGUCCACCGCGUUCCCAAGGUUCUUCCCGAGGGAGCCAAAGUUCUCUUUGUCGCCGCCAGCUUGUACAAGUUUGACAUCGACCGUCCCCGGAGCGAGGCAGGUUUCCCAUACCUGACCUACGAGUCCGGGGCGGUCUUUGAUGUCUACGGCGAGAAAGGUGAACUUUGGCUCGCUUGUAAUCAGGAUGAGAAUACCGAGGACCUGAAUGUCUCGGUUGAGGAACUGGCCGCGAUGGACCCUGGCGCUCGUGCGAUCACGUUGGCAGAGAUCCAGAGGCGGAAGACGGAGAAGGAGAAGACUCUUGGGUGGAUUUGGAACAAGCACUUCGUGAAGCUGGCAUAAGCCACCAUUCCACCUAUCCGGUCACGAGUGCUUGUUUCAUUUCCUGUUCUCUUUGCUGGCGAUUUUUCUCACAGAACCCUCACCCAACUUUCGAUUAUCUUUUAUCACCUUCUUAUCUUCUCAUAGGCCCAUGGGCCAGAUUAAGUUGGGUGAGGGCUCACGAGUUUCUUACGCCGGUAUGACUUUUUUUGCGCUUUGGCUCCAGGUGAGCCCCCGAGCUACGUUGAUGGCUGCUGCUUGUCCAUCACGAUUGUUUUUACCACCUCCGGUCCCUGGAUAGUAUGCGGGAUCGGACUUGUACGUUUAGAUACCCCAUUUAUUUUUAUCAUGACUAGUUGAAUGAGCGUUCCAUCAUGUAGAAUAUUAAUAUCUCGGUUUCUGCUUGAGUUGGGCUUCG